AAGAUUCGUGUCUGUGCGAAUUUUAUGAGGAACAGCAAAAUGAGCAAUAAAAGUUUUCAUGUUUGAACUGAGACGAAAAGCAUUGAUUUUUAGUGAAAAGUUUCGUGGUUGUAAAUUUGUGCAUUCGAUUAAAAAUUUCACAACGUCAGGAAUAUUGUGAUUUACUGUGAAUCUUCAAGCAUAAAGAUAAUCGAAAAAUUCAUGAUAUUACCGAGAAGUUUGCUUUAUUUUUUUGAAGUCGGGUGUUUUUGUGAAUUUUUGUGAGAAACUGAAUAAUUUUAAAUUGAUAUAGAAACCGUAAAAGUAGUUUCCUUUUGUAUUAAAUAUUUUGACGAAGGAUGCGUAUAAGUUGUUACGCGUUAAAAUAUUUUCAACACAGCAUACAUGGACAAAAAGAAUAAAAUGCCUAAAAUAAGUUCGAAAUCGAAAAUAAUUAAAUAUUUAACUUUAACAAAGAUUCCACGAAUAGCGUUAAUUGAAGUAACUGGUGCAAAUAUAUCCAUAAUAACAACGGGAAAAAUAAAGUGUGAAUAAAUUUAUGAAACGAUUACUGGCGGCUGAUGAAUGGCAAAAGAGCUGCAUUUAUUUAUUCUGAAUGUUUUAGUUUUAAAUGAAACAACGAUUAUAAAAAGGGAACAAAUUUAUGUACAUGCUCAAAAUAUAUAAUAUUUGAUUCGAGUAAAAACCUGAAUGUAAUAAGAAAAACUAUUUAUUCGUUGAACACGUGAAGGUACACUAAAAAUAUGCCUCUAUUUGGCAAAAAAGAUUUUAGCAAAAAAAUGAAAAAGGAUAAUAAGGAGUUUAAUAAACAAGCAUCUAUAGAAGAAAAGUACAAUCUGCAUGGACUACUUGGGACAGGUGCUUUUUCUGAAGUACGCCUGGCUGAGAGCAAAGAGAACCCUGAUGAACAUUUCGCAGUUAAGAUUAUCGAUAAAAAGGCGUUAAAAGGAAAAGAAGAAUCACUUGAAAAUGAAAUUCGGGUACUAAGGAGGUUCAGUGCAAAUGAUUCCGAGAACGGACAGCGAUACCCUGUGGCACUUUGCAUUGGAAUGGAAAACUCCUUCGGGAAAUAACAGGUCGAGAAAAGGUGGAACGACUUCCAGUUGUUGUUACUGACAGGAAUGGCGAACACUUAAUAGGGGCUCUAAAACUAUAUGCCGCAACGGGCUCAGAAAUAGCUGAUACGCUGUACCGAACUGAUAUUUGAAUGGGACUUGAAGGAUCAUAUUGUGGCCUGUUGUUUUGAUACGACAUCGACUAACACGGGCGUAAUAAAAGGAGCUGCAACGUUGUUAGAAAAAAAACUUGAGCGAAAGCUUUUGUAUCUACCUUGUCGGCAUCAUAUAUAUGAAAUAUUGCUGAGAGGGGUUUUCGAGUGUUAUUUUCCCGUAAAUACAAGUAAAGACGUCCAAUUGUUUCGCCGGUUUCAAGAGAAUUGAGAAAAUAUUGAUAAAAACAAUUUUAAAGACUUGCUACAAAACAAUGAAUUAAAAUUACGUAAGGAGCAAAUAACGGCAUAAAAUUUCGUGUACCAGGUCCCACUCAUCAUGCGCGGUGGAAGUCAGAGGCAUUAUAUUGCUUAAAGAUCUAUUUAUUUCGUGAACAGUUCAAACUAACGGAAUAUGAAGAGAAUUCGUUAGCAAGUAUAUGCGCAUUUAUUAUAAAAUUCUACGUUAAGCUUUGGUUUAACUGCACCAAUCCGUCUAAAGCACCUCUUCAAGACUUCUCUUUUAUUAAAGAAAUUCACGAGUAUAGAAAUGUUAAUGAAAAAAUCUCUGAAAUUGCAAUAAAAAAAUUUUGUAAACACCUCUGGUAACUGUCUGAAGAAUGUAUUGCAUUGACGUUAUUCGACGAUGAGGAUUCUUAUGCCAUGAAACAAAAUAUUGUGGAAAAAAUUAAAAACAUCGACAACUGCGACAAGGAAACGGAAAAUUUAAAGAAAAUAACUAUAUGAUUUUGUAACAGCAAAUACAAUUGAUUGUUUUGGACGGUUUGGGAUUUCACCUCAAUUUCUGCAGGUAGAUCCACUUUAUUGGAGGGAUACUUAAACCUUUCAAAAAGCUAAGGAUGUUGUUAUAAAUAUAAAAGUGGUUAACGACACAGCAGAACGUGGAGUAAAACUUAUGGAAGAAUAUAAUAGAAUACUAACAAAUGACGAACAAGAAAAACAAUAUUUAUUACAAGUUGUAACUUUAUUAUAAAAAACAAUUUGAUUCACAUAAUAAAUCAUCUUUAAUUAGAUCAUAAGAAAUAUUA